UUCAAUAUAUUCAUUGAAUUACAGCAUAAAAUGGACAUGAACGACAACACUGAGAACUCUAAAGAUAACCUCGAAGACAUUCGCUCGAAGAGGCUUGACAGCCUCUUCAAUUGCUCCGAGUUCAAGAUGACCAAAGGAACUAAUAAUAACGCUUCUCUCAGAAAAUCAAAGAAACUAAAAAUGUUCAGUGAAAAACGCAAAUUAGACCUACAAGGGCUAGACACUCCCUUGAGCGAUGAAAAAAUAGCAAGCUUGACUGAAGAUCUUUCAGGUAAAUUUAAGGAGAAAAUGUCGAGCUCUGCUAUUCAGGAUCAGAUUGACUCGCUCCUCCCUCCUAAACACUUUAGCUCAUAUUCCGAGCUAAUCGAUUACAUUCGCACUAAAGACUUUAAGAAGCUUGCUAAAAAUGAUAAAGAAAAAGAAACCAAUCUUUCGGGUCUUAUAUUAGUGCAAAUCGCCAGAUAUCUAGAAAUACAAGACAAAGACAUCCCUGAUAUAUUUAAAGCGCUCUCAGGAGAUCCUCCCUUGCUAGAAAAGUCGAUCUGCUACCUUGCCUUAUCUAAGUGCUGCCAAGAACUAUCAGAGAGCGGCGUCAAGAGCCUUUCACUGAUAAAGGAAUACAACCCUAUUUCUCUGUUUCUUCAUGAGAUCAAACUCAUGAAGGACAUAGAAAAUGUAGACAUUUGUCUUGUAUUAAUAAUGAAACUAAUUGUUGUCACUGAACAGAAUGACUUGCAAGACAUCCUAGAUGAGAGCUUCGUCGGUACUUUUAUGGAGAUAUUCUGCAAUAAGGACACCCCAGCGGAAGUUUUCUGCAAGAUUUGCUACAUUCUGUCCAGUUUGAUGUCAACUAUACCCUUCGCCAUAAUCCAAGCGUUCAAAAAUUAUGAGGUUGGUUUGGCUAUCAAAUAUCAGUUUGAAAACCUGAAGCUUGUCAGACACAAAUCGACUUUAAUAACCUUCUGCAACUUCAUCCUUAGAAUCGGCUAUGAAAUAGAAAGUAUGCUGCCUGAACUAUACUUCACCAUCUUCAUGAUCGUUAACAAGGUUAUUUACGAAUACAAAGAGCCAAAAUUUGAUGAAGAAAUCGGUUUAAUAUACCUUGGCUUACAAGGCCUUGACUUGUUCAGACGCACAGACACUUACGCGCUGAUCUAUCAGGAGGCUUUUGGGCCUAAAUUCAUAGAAAGUAGUAUCAUUCUCCUGCACUCUCCUGACCAACUAAUCCAAGAAUUCACUCUGAGACUUAUAUGCGAGUUUAUUGAGCGUUGCAGGGAGAAAGCACCUGAAUACACAGACAGGGAUCUUUUCCAAUAUGUGCAACCCUUGCUCGAUAGUGACAAUAAGAAAGUCCAGGUUACAGCAUUUGAAGUCCUCAUCUCCCUCUCCUACAGUAGACAUGAGGAUUGUGUCGACUAUUGUCACGAGAAAGGAAUUUAUAGCCUCGGUUUUAAAUAUCUGAACAACGAAGAUGUCAAUGUCAAGGAAGAAGCUCUCUGGUUGAUAAAAGCAGCAAUCGACCUUGUCUGUAUUGACCAAGAAGACAUCCAGCUGCUCUCCGAAGCUAUUGACGUUGUCUCGAUUGAGGCGAAGUUACUCAUUCUAUCCAUCCUCAAAAUAUGUCUGAGUAAGGAUUUGUACCAAAAGUUUCCCUCAAUGAUCGAAGAGUGUGGGCUGCUUGAUAAAAUUGAAACCCUCCAGACUCAUGAAAACAUGACUAUUUCCAAACUAGCCAUCAAAAUUGUUGACACAUGGUUUUCAGAUAGCACAGAUUUCCUCAAACAAGCUGAGAGACUAGUUAAAGAUGAGGUUGAGGAAGUCCCUCUCAACUUUUAA